AUACCCGACCACUACGCGACGCUUGGAGUGUCGCCUGACGCAGACAUGAAGACGAUCAAGAAAGUGUUCCGCGAGAUGGCGAUCGAACUGCAUCCUGACAAGGUUGGCGACGAUCCCGUGAAGCUAGCUCGCUUCCAUGCCAUCCAGACUGCUUCGGACGCGCUG